AUGUUAUUUCAUACUACUACUACUACUACUACUACUACUACUACUACUACUACUACUACUACUACUACUACUACUACUACUACUACUACUACUACUACUACUACUACUACUACUACUACUACUACCACUACCACUACUACUACUACUACUACCACUACUACUACUACUACUACCACUACUACUACUACUACUACUACCACUACUACUACUACUACUACUACUACCACUACUACUACUACUACUACUACUACUACUACUACUACUACUCUGUCGAAUAUCAUAAGUCAAACUAUAGAACAAUGA